GUUCCGUAACAACGGAUGCGGUGGAAGCGGUCACCAUCGAUGGGUGUGCUCAGGAACCGUGCGUCGUACGAGCAGGUGGUACUCUCAAGCUAACCAUAAGGUUUACCUCACCGUUAAACAUGGUGAAGCCGAAGUCACGCUUUUUAUACUACUCGACAUCCAGGUCAACUAGUCCGGAACGAGAAGACAAGUGGGGUAUCGCUUGUGAUUCGGAUGAAGAGUACUGUUUCAAGCUGAAUUCAAACUACAACUUCAAGGUGGAAUCCACGUUACCAAAUGAAA